GCCACCGUCGAUUACGUGCUUUAAACAUGGCGUAACGGCGCAGCAGACUAUGAGAAUGCGACCGUUGGUGCUGUUUUUCGAUUUGAGGUGUUGGUCAGGUGUGUGUUGUAGACAAAGGACACGUUAAGUCAUUUAUAUCAACGCCGAUUUUUCUUCGCUCCAUUGCAGACGACAACAGCAUCCCGGUUAGUGCGGAAGGACUAGAACAGGUGCUCGCAGGCGUACAAGGACGUUUUGUCAUUUUCGGGCCUAUGUACUCCCAUGGCAACGAAACCGACACGUCCAGCCCCUCCUCCGCCCGUUCCAAAACAUGGUGUGAAACUGCCAGUUCAGCAGGGCACGCUAAGAGACACUAACAACAACAAGCAUGAAAGCAAGUGCGACAAGCCACCCAGUCGACCGACGGUUAUCCGACCGAAGAUCGUGCAGACGCCAAAGAAGAAGCCUCCGCCACGACCGCCUCCGCCCAAGACGUCAAACGGAUCAUCCGUGCACACGAACAGUUCCAGCGGCCACAACUCCAGUUUGUUUGGCCCCUUGAAAGUGAACAGUGGCACCUGCACCAAUGACGAUUCGUCUAAAAGCUCAACGAAGCUUUUCUCUCGGGCCCAGUUCAACCUGUUUGGGUCAUCCAAUAAGCACCACAGGUCGUCGCAGCGCAAGGGGCCCGCCCCUAAACGGCCUCAUGGAUCCACACGCACCAAAGGUUCUGCACCCCCGCCACCACCCCAUCGGACAGGUCCCAGUACCGGGUUAGCCUCUGAUGGCACAGCGUCACUGAUCAGUUUCGACUCUCCGCCGGCAUCACCUACCGGGUCUCGUGCAAGCUGGUCUUCGGGCGUGAGUUCGCAGUCGGGAGGCCCUCAGCCCUGCCUGCUAGAUUUGGACAUACCACCGCUACAGGAACAACCCUGGGGCACGACAUUGGCACACUCCCAGACCCUAGAGUGGGGCAGUGGUCCAGCCAGGGACUCCGGUGCCGGAGACUCGGCCCAGCCCCCAGAGGACCCCUGGUCGUUCCCCCACAGCGGAUCCAUGCCGGCACUGGCUACGACUGCUGGGGACAACUCCUCUCCCACUCCCUCCUGGAGCUUUCCGGACAACACAGACUCCCAUAGCAGUCCCGACAGUGGAACGUGGGAAGAACCCCCCCAUGAAAGCUGGUCACCCCCUCCCCCACUUCAUCCACCCCCUGCACCUCCUUCGGUGGACGACAGCGAUGUGGUAGUUUCCCCCCUCGCAGUUGCAGUCUGCAACUACCAGGCCACCUGUCCCGAAGAACUAUCAUUCAGGGUACAAGACCUGAUUGUCCUGUUAUCCGAGGAGGGUGCGACAAAAUUCCGAGGGCGGUGCGGCGACGAAGAAGGCCUCGUCCUGAAACAUUGCGUAGACGUCAUUCAUCCGCUGACGACAAAGACUGACGAGGUGCUGAGGAAAGCUGGGAACAACGGUGAACAGUACUGUACGGCCCUCUACAACUUUGUGGGGGAGAGUCCCGAUGAGCUGACCAUUCACAAGGGGGACGUCAUCAGAAUACUGGGGACCCUGGAUGGCAACUGGAUCAUGGGCACGUUGGACAGCCGCAAGGGCAUGUUUCCGGCUAACUUCGUUCAAAUGGGUUCCGCUGUGCCCUGUAACCCGGCGGAAAAAGAUCAUCACUCGAAAGGAUGCCCAGUCAUUGCACUCCAUACCUUCCAGGCAGAACAAAAUGGCGACCUCGGAUUUUGUGAGGGAGACACCAUAACUGUGCUGUCGCGGAUCAACAAGGACUGGCUGUACGGAGAGCUUGGAGGGCGCGAGGGACAGUUUCCUGCAAGUUUUGUUCAACCCAUUUCUGGAAGCAGAUCGCAGAAGAACUCAGACUGCAGUUUGUACAAGGUAUUGUACGUGUUCGAUGCCCAGCAUCACGACGAGCUUUCCCUCAAGGUUGGCAGCAUAGUCGAAGUGACUCAAAAAAUCAACGACGACUGGUGGCAAGGACGACUGCUCGGCAACUCUUCGGGGAAAGAGGGAAUGUUUCCCGCCUCCUUUGUACAGAAGCUCAACUAGGCCCAACGCAAUUCUUCCCUCUCCAAGUGCACAUUGGCCCAUGUGCAACCCAUGUGUAAAAAUUUUUGACGAGGUCACACCACUGUCAUGCAGGUUUCAUUACGGCUCCUUCGAGGCAUGACGCAUGAGCACCAGUUGGUUAUUUAUAUUCCAAACUGGGUGAGGGGGGGACUUCAUUUACUUAGGAAAUUAAAUUCUCAUCCUACGUCAACCAUGGGUUUCACAGGUGUUCCUUUUUUGACACGAUAUAGAAAAAGUAUCGAAAUUUCUUUGGUAUUUAUGGUAUUUAUAAGAUUUAGACUUUUCAAUAAUUCUACUGCUUUACAUACAUAAGGUGUGAAAGGUUUGUGCAUGUCUUGAACUAGAAACGCAAGAUUGUGUGCGAUGCCCUCUGUUCUUCUUUCAAUCUUGUCACUUUAUUUUCACACUAACAACCAAUGAUUUCGUGGAAUUUUAUGUUGAUGCCACUGCUUCUUACCACUCCAGUUAAUAUUGGAUUAUAUAGAUACCAAAUCUAACAGUACCUCCAUGGUAUAGUUGAACUGUAGCUGCACAGUCUUUGAAAUGUGCAACAAAGAAGUAGUACUGGGCAUGUAGUUGGACCCUUCAAUAUCCAGAUAUAUUUACGAGAACUUGUUGUGUUGUCACAACAAAAACUUACUACACGAUUAUAUUUAUAAACAAUCGAGAAUGUCCCUGCAGUGUCUGUUUUUAUAUGUAUAUAAGCGACAUUAAAGAAAUUACGUCCCAGUU